AUGGAGCCAGGGUGCCACAGGGACAGUGCCACAGGGACGGUGCCACUGACCCGCUCUCCACAGACCCACUGCCCGGUGUACCUGGUGAACGUCUCCAGCAUGUCUGCAGGGGAUGUCAUCGCUGCUGCCAAGAUGCAAGGGAAGGUGGUGUACGCGGAGACGACCACGGCGCACGCCACGCUCACCGGGCUGCACUACUACCACCAGGACUGGUUCCACGCCGCCGCCUACGUCACCGUGCCGCCGCUGCGCCUCGACACCAACACCUCCGCCUACCUCAUGAGCCUGCUCGCCAACGACACGCUGAACAUCGUGGCCUCGGACCACCGGCCCUUCAGCACCAAGCAGAAGGCCAUGGGCAAGGAGGACUUCACCAAGAUCCCCCACGGUGUCAGCGGGGUGCAGGACCGCAUGAACAUCAUCUGGGAGCGCGGCGUGGUGGGGGGUAAGAUGGAUGAGAACCGCUUCGUGGCCGUGACCAGCUCCAACGCCGCCAAGAUCCACAACCUGUACCCCCGCAAGGGCCGGAUCAUCCCUGGGGCCGACGCCGACGUCGUGGUCUGGGACCCCGAGGCCACCAAGACCAUCUCGGCCAGCACCCAGGUGCAGGGUGGGGACAUCAACCUGUACGAGAACAUGCGGUGCCACGGGGUGCCCCUGGUCACCAUCAGCCGCGGGCGCGUGGUCUACGAGAACGGCGUGUUCAUGUGCGCCGAGGGCACCGGCAAGUUCUGCCCCCUCCGCUCCUUCCCGGACGUCGCCUACAAGAAGCUGGUGCAGCGGGAGAAG